CCGCCCCGCCAACAACUCGUCCGCGUAGACCUCCGCCGUCGCCGCCACAGUCCGCGCGCGCCAUGGGGCCCUCCACGUCCAGCUCUCCCGCGAUGCUCGCAGCCGCCGCUGCCGUGCUUCUGGUGGCCUCGGGGCGCGGCGCCGCCGCCGGCAGCUGCCGCGAGGCCAAGCUCUGCUGCCCCGGCCGCGACUCCUCGUGCGUCGUGCAGAAGGCGCCCAUCAACGCCAUCAUCGAGGACCUCAGCGACAAGCCGUGCUAUUGCGACCACGCCUGCCUCAAGCUGGGCGACUGCUGCACCGACUUCAAGGACGCCUGCGGAGGUGAGUAA